AUGGCAGGUGUUGAUAAUGAAGUUCUUAUUAUUGAGAAUAAUGAUGAGGCUUCUGUUUGGACUCAAAAGCAUGAAGAAAUUUUCAUUGAACUUAUGGAAGAAGAAGUCUUAAAGGGAAAUAAGAAUACCACAACUUUUACCAAGCAAUCAUGGAAAUAUAUAAAGGAAGAGCUUUGUGGACGAGCAAAAAGAAAUUAUAGUGAUAUGCAACUAAGGAACAAAUACAAUCAAUUAAAGCAAAAGCAUAAGGAUUUUAAGUCUUUACUGAAAGAGACUAGUAUGGGAUACAAUGCAGUGACUGGAGAAGUUAACAAGUCUGCUAAAAGAUUUAGAAAGAAAGGUUGUAAGUUUUAA